AUGGCUUCGACUCUGAUAUCGUCAAAAGCAAAUUCAAAAAAAUCAUCGACUAAUAAUACAACAAUGAGUGGCAACUCAAAUGAAUCUCCUCUUACAGAAGAAGAAUUGAAAAAGAAAGAACCACCAAUAACAGUUAGUGACGUUCUUCGAUUACGAAAAUCUACGAAUAGCUAUCUAACAGAAACAGAUGAAAAUGCUUAUAAAAUUAAUUUUGUCCAUUUUCGAAUUCGUGAUAUGAACACGAACAAGAUUCUUUUUGAAGUUGAACGAGACUCUGAUGACGAUGAAUUCAAUGAUGAAGUUGAUUCAUCGGCUGGUCGCUUUGUUCAAUAUAAUUUUCCAUCGUCAUUCUUAAAACUAGAACAAGUCGGUGCUUCAGUCGAAUUUACUGUGGGCGAUCGAGAAGUAAAAUCUUUUCGAAUGAUUGAACGUCACUAUUUUCGUGAUCAACUGGUUAAAUCCUUUGAUUUCGACUUUGGAUAUUGCCCGCCAAAUACAAGAAACUCCAUUGAGCAUAUAUAUGAUAUGCCUAAAUUUGAUUCGAAACAAAUUAAGGAAAUGAUUGAGCAUCCGAAUGAAACUAAAUCAGAUAGUUUCUAUUUUGUCGACAAUCAAUUAAUUAUGCAUAAAAAAGCGGCUUACGCAUUUGAUCUGGGUAGUUCACAAUAA